GAAAUGACGUGAAUAACUUUUCGAUGCGAACGAAGUGUUUUCCAUAAUAGUCAGACGAUGACUGAAGAGGAUAAUAUCAACUUCACAUUUUCAUAACAUUUUCUAAUCUUGGAGUGGAUUUUCUUGUACAAAUACGAAGUCGAUCCGAGCAAAAGGUUUCGAGAAUCUCAUGGUAAGAAGCUGUUAAAAAAAAAAAAAAGAAAAUAGAAAGAUGAGAAACAGAUUCCUAACAGCGUCUGGCGCAUCGUAUGCAAUCAUCGAAUCAUCCGCAUCUUCGGGGCCACGUAACGCAAAGAAGAUGGAAGGGAGGCUAGAAAAAGCGAUUCGCCAUGUGUUCUGGCGACCAGAGCAAAUGUAUCGCGUGAUCGACGCAGUACACGCAUCAGUAGCCCGUGGAGCAUUAAACGAAAUACACGUGCCGUGAUUUAAAUACCGUCAUCGAUAGUCAUCGAUCUCGUCAUCGAUCUCGUCCCUGCGAUUAUCGAAAAAAGAGAAAGGACGAUGGCGUAGUUCCAUCACGUCCAAGCUAAGAACAUGGUAUAACCGUCUAUUUGAAAAGAAAAAUGAGUCUGGGGAUGAAGUGGAAGCUGGUUCUGUUCAGUUUAAUCGUAACGUCGAUGUUAUUGGACGUUUGCAACGGCACCAACACCACCUGGGACAAAAUACGGGAGAAGAAGGCGAGGAUCGUGAAGAAGCUGAAGAAGGACUUCCGCAAGCUGAAGAAACAAGAUGGCGCGAUUAAGCUGGUGGGUAGCGAGCAUAGCUACGAAGGAAACGUGGAAAUACUUCACGACGGGAAAUGGGGCGGCGUGUGCGACGACGAAUGGGAUUACUUGGAGGCCAAUGUGGUUUGCAGGCAAUUAGGCUUCGACGGUGCAAUUAAACCGACGGCGAACGGUCGCUUCGGCCAGGCCAGAAGAAGAUACUGGAUGGACAACGUAUACUGCGACGGCAGCGAGGAGGAGCUGUCCAAGUGCAGGUUCGACGGAUGGGGCGCCACCGACUGCGAGAGCAGCGAGGCGGCUGGUGUAAUUUGCGCCCACGGUGAACAGGACGAGGAGGGGGAGACGGCGACACGAACGAAGCCCAGGAGGAAGCCGCAGAAGUCGAGGAUCAACGAUAUCCAUCAACAGGGAGUGGCGAUAAGGCUGGUCGGGGGUCGCGUCCACUCCGAAGGCAGGGUCGAGGUCAAAUUAGGGAACUCUGAUUGGGGUGUCGUAUGCGGUGACGGAUGGACUCUGUUCGAGGCGGGGGUGGUCUGUCGUCAGUUGAGCCUUGGUUACGCUUCUGAUGCAGUCCAGACGAACUUUUUCGGGGGCUUGAAGAUACCAAUGGCUGUCAGCGGGGUCCAGUGUCGCGGUGACGAAGACAGCCUGAGCCAGUGUCUGCACGACAGGACUAUGGACUGUCCAGGUGAAAGAGAUGUUACGAACUGCGAAGUUUCGCAAUCCCUUGAAUUUCAGUUACGACAAUUGCUGCCAACAGGACUCGUCGAGAACGUGGCCAGCGUGGUCUGCCACCGGGAGAUGCCAGACCUGGUGUUCGACCACCUGGAGUUGAUGCGCACCGCUCACCUGGAGGACAGGCAACUCUAUUGGCUGCAGUGCGCCAUGGAAGAGAAUUGCGUCGCCUCCCAGGCGUACAAAGUGCAAAAGGAGUCGGAGAACUGGCACCUGGAGACGCGACGACUGCUUCGUUUUACCGCGAGGAUCCUGAACGCGGGAACCGCCGACUUUCGACCCUCUGUUCCUAAACACCUCUGGGAAUGGCACAUGUGUCACAUGCAUUACCACUCGAUGGAGGUGUUUGCAACGUUCGACGUCCUCGAUGCGAACGGAACCAGACUCGCGGAGGGCCACAAGGCGUCUUUCUGCCUGGAGGAUAAUCAAUGCUUGCCCGGGGUCGAACAGAGGUACAAAUGCGCCAAUUACGGUGACCAAGGAAUUUCUGUGAACUGCAGCGACGUGUACAAGUACAAUAUCGAUUGCCAGUGGGUGGACAUAUCCGAGCUUCAGCCUGGACAGUACACCUUCAAGGUCGCGGUGAAUCCGGAGUUCAAAGUGGGCGAGAUGUCGUUCGACAAUAACGCGGCGAUUUGUCGUUUGCUCUACACGGAAACUUUCGCCACUGUGCACAGUUGCGUCAUGGGGCGUCCUUGACACGAGCAUUCACGAUAAUUCGUCGAAGGAAAAAUCGAAGACUCGAACAGAUGCACCGUCCUUAUCGACUCGUGCAUUGAGAAAUCACCGCGACGCUUGUAAACAAUAAAACUGAUUACGUCUGGUCUCCAGAA